GUCCGUGAAUCUGCUUAAAUAUAAAAUUCAAACCUUAAACUGCAAUAGGUUGCUUAAGACGUGAAUCUGGUUAAGCAAGAUGAGUUUUAAACUUGCAUUAAUCGUUAUGGUGGUUGGACUCACUGCUGGCAGUCACUCUUACACGAAAAUGGAAUACUGUAGUAUUGAAUGUACUGGAAACGAACAAGCAACAAGCACUGCGACGUCCCGUGGUAAUCUUACUUUGACUACUGGUCGUCCUGGUAAACGAGGACCACCCGGCCCAAGUGGACCCAUUGGACCAUCUGGUGAACGAGGACCACCCGGCCCAAGUGGACCCAUUGGACCAUCUGGUGAACGAGGACCACCCGGCCCAAGUGGACCCAUUGGACCAUCUGGUGAACGAGGACCACCCGGCCCAAGUGGACCCAUUGGAUCAUUCGGUGAACCUGGACCACCCGGAUCAAAAGGAGAUCCCGCUACACCAUGUAACUGUACUCUUCAAACUAUGGGAACUGAAAAUAGUUUGUUUGUACGAAAGGCUGUGUUAGAUCAUAUUAGGACAAAGGCAAGUGUCCACUACGAUGUUGGUUUAGAUACGAAUGUGGUUUACGAUGCUACAAGCAACAAGAUAUCAAAGAUAUUUGACCAGGGUCUCCAGCAAGCUCAUAUGGUACAGAAUAAUGCGGCCAACCAACCGAGUGUAUCUAGUAACAGACAGAAUGGAAAAAGAUUUAUUUCAUUUGACGGCAGAAAUCGGUGGAUGAAUGCCAACUUAAACUUGGACGACCAGCAUGAUACUAACGUCUUUAUUGUGUACAAAAUCACAGCUUACGAUGCUAAUACGCUUUGGCGAAGAAACGGCCUGUUUGGGAAUGAUAAUGGUGGUUUAGACAAAUACAUUUCCUUCUUUCCUAACGGAGAUCUGAUAGUUCCAAGGUCAGUUGGAAACUAUGUCAGAGUCAGUACAUAUCCAACCGGGGCAAAUGCUGGCGCAGUUGGCGUAUGGAACGUACUAAGUGUACAAUGGAAAGCGGGAGUCCUCCGAACCGUAAACUACCGUCGAGAAAUGAGUUAUAAGCUUGCAUUAGCUUAUUUGAUGAUUGGGCUAACAGUCGUACACUGUUACACGAAGAUGGAAUACUGCAGUAUUGAAUGUACUGGAAACGAACAAGCGACAAGCACUGCGACGUCUCGUGGUAAUCUUACUUCGACUACUGGUCGUCCUGGUAAACGAGGACCACCCGGCCCAAGUGGACCCGUUGGACCAUCUGGUGAACCUGGACCAGCCGGCCCAAGUGGACCCAUUGGACCAUCUGGUGAACGAGGACCACCCGGCCCAAGUGGACCCAUUGGACCAUCUGGUGAACGAGGACCACCCGGCCCAAGUGGACCCAUUGGACCAUCUGGUGAACCUGGACCACCCGGAUCAAAAGGAGAUUCCGCUACACCAUGUAACUGUACUUUUCAAACUAUGGGAGCUGAAAAUAGUUUGUUUGUACGAAUGGCUGUGUUAUAUGAUAUUAGGACGAGGGCAAGUGUCCACUACGACGUUGGUUUAGAUACGAACGUGGUUUACGAUGCUACAAGCAACAAGAUAUCAAAGAUAUUUGACCAGGGUCUCCAGCAAGCUCAUAUGGUACAGAAUAACGCGGCCAACCAACCGAGUGUAUCUAGUAACAGACAGAACGGAAAAAGAUUUAUUUCAUUUGACGGCAGGAAUCGGUGGAUGAUUGCCAACUUAAACUUGGACGACCAGCAUGAUAUUAACGUCUUUAUUGUCUAUAAAAUCACAGCUUACGAUGCUAAUACGGCUUGGCUAAGAAACGGCCUGUUUGGGAAUGAAAACGGUGACUUCGACAAAUUCAUUAGUUUCUUUCCUAACGCAGAUCUGAUGGUUUCGGGGUCAGUUGGAAACUAUGUCAGAGUCAGUACAUAUCCAACCGGAGCAAAUGCUGGCGCAGUUGGCGUAUGGAACGUACUGAGUGUACAAUGGAAAGCAGGAGGUCCUCCGAACUCCAGCAGCGUGUGGUGUAACGGGCAGUUACUUACGCGUUUCCAGGCCGAGGUGUCUCCAGGCUCACCGAGUUUAGCUUUGGGAGAUUUCAAUUCUGGAGGACUUCAUUCUUUAAAAGGUUCGAUCGGGGAGUUUUUGGUUUACAAAGGAAUUUCGAUGACGGACAAGAACAUUAGGGAUCAUCAUCAAUACUUCAUGCAUGGAUGGGGGAUAUAAAAGUUAAUUGUUUCAUUCCCGCAUUCAAUAUCAUGCAUAUACUUGUUGUGUAAAAACAUCAUGCCUGCAUCAUGGCCUACUCAAUUAUUGAGUAGGCCAUGCCUGCAUUUGAUUAACUUAAAAAAAUGUUAUUAUAUAAACAUGUUGUUA